AUGGAGCGUCAGAGGUAUGGAGGAUCUCCUUUCACGCGGGCCUCACGGCUCAAUCCAGCCAAACGGAUUGAAUUCCCAUCCAAUAGCAAAACCUUUUUCUCGGUGAGGUUUAGCAGGCCGCCUUCGGUCAACACGGAGUCGGCUCCCGUGUUAGCGCUCGGUCUUCCACAGGUGGUCCCCUUGGCUCAGGACAGGCUGCGUGAAAGCUGGCUCAACUCUGUGCAAACCCUCUCAGGCCCAGAACUGAUCCCGCCCGACCGCCUUCAUGUGGGAAGCAAACCCCUGCUUUCUAUGGGCCGUAUAAAGGAGGUAUUCUUCUGUCAGCGCAGAUUGUCACGCAGUGUUCCCGCCGCCACACACGACACUCUGGGCCAAGGGCCGCUCUACAAACACGGGGCCGUACACAUGCAAACAAACACACACCGCCCUUCAAAGACAUUUCUCAGGCCGCAUCCUAACCGACUGCGACUUUGUGUGAGUCGCUACGAUGCUGAUGUCACUGCAGACGGAUCGCCUCCAUCUGCUCCACAUAUGCUCUCGGAGCGCAGGCCCGUGCUGGACGUACGGCGAUUCCAUCUCAGUGGGACGGUGACUGACCCGGCCACGUCCCCGGAGCUGGUCUGCAGCGUCAGCGUCAGCUUCGACCGCUGCAAAAUCACCGCGGUAACCUGCACCUGCGGGAACAAAGACAUCUUCUACUGCGCGCACGUCGUGGCGCUGUCGCUCUACAGAGUGCGCAAGCCCGAGCAGGUCAAGCUGCACCUGCCCAUCUCGGAGACCCUGUUCCAGAUGAGCAGAGACCAGCUGCAGAAGUUCGUCCAGUACCUGAUAUCUGUCCACCACACCGAGGUGCUGCCCACCGCGCAGAAGCUGGCCGACGAGAUCCUGUCCCAGAACUCGGAGAUCAACCAAGUCCACGGUGCACCAGACCCCACAGCGGGGGCGAGCGUGGAUGAUGAGAACUGCUGGCACCUGGAUGAGGAGCAGGUUCAGGAGCAAGUCAAGCUCUUCCUGUCCCAGGGUGGAUACCACGGCUCGGGCAAGCAGCUCAACCUGCUCUUCAGCAAGGUGAGGGAGAUGCUGAAGAUGCGCGACUCCAACGGAGCGAGAAUGUUAACACUGAUCACAGAGCAGUUCAUGGCCGACCCUCGGCUGGCGCUGUGGAGACAGCAGGGCACCACCAUGACCGACAAGUACAGACAGCUCUGGGACGAGCUGGGUGCCUUGUGGAUGUGCAUCGUCCUCAACCCUCACUGUAAGCCGGAGCAGAAAUCCUCGUGGCUGCGGCAGCUGCGCAGGUGGAACAGCGUGGACGUCUGCCCCUGGGAGGACGGUAACCACGGCAACGAGCUGCCCAACCUCACCCACUCACUGCCUCAGGGUGCUCAUGGCAACCAAGAAAUGCGCCCCCACAGGACGGUGUUCACGCGGGCCAUCGAGGCGUGCGACCUGCACUGGCAGGACCGGCACCUCCAGCACAUUAUCGCCAGCGACCUCUAUGCCAACUACUGUUACCACGACAACCAAGAGGGCUCCCUAUUCGACGCGCGCGGCUGGCCUUUAUGGCACGAGCACGUGCCGACGGCCUGCGCCCGCGUGGAUGCCCUGCGUUCACACGGUUACCCCAGAGAGGCCCUCCGGCUGGCCAUAGCUGUGGUCAACACGUUACGAAGGCAGCAGCAGAGGCAACUGGAGCACUUUCGACGGCACAAAAAAGAGGUGCUUCAUAAAGGUCACACCUCCAUAACCAACAUGGAGGGCUGGGUGGGACACCCUCUUGAUCCCAUCGGUACCCUGUUCAGCACCUUGACAGAGUCGGGACGAGCGGGCGAAGAGGGCUCCAACACCUGCUUAGACCUCUCAGACUGCUCCAGUGUGGUGAGCAGAGCAGAACUCCAACGAAUGCCCGUGCAGCGAUUGCUGGGAGACGGCGAAUCGUACCUGGCACUGGCAGUGGAGACGGCUCUGAUUGGUCUAGGCCAGCAGCGGGUGAUGCCCGAUGGGCUGUACGCUCAAGAGAAGGUGUGUCGCAACGAGGAGCAGCUAUUGGCCAAGCUGCAGGAAGUGGAGCUGGAUGACUCGUUGGUGAAAAUCUUCCGUAAACAGGCCGUCUUCCUGCUGGAGGCCGGUCCGUAUUCUGGCCUUGGAGAGAUUGUCCACAGAGAGAGUGUCCCCAUGCACACCUUCGCCCGCUAUCUCUUCACCUCUCUCCUACCUCAUGACGCCGAACUGGCGUACAAAAUUGCACUGAGAGCCAUGCGGUUGCCGGUGUUGGAGUCCACAGCUUCCACCGGUGAUCUCUCACGGCCCCACCACAUCGUUUCCGUUGUCCCUAACCGCUACCCACGCUGGUUCACCCUCAGCCACAUAGAGUCUCAGCAGUGCGAGCUGGCCUCCACCAUGCUCACCGCUGCCAAAGGUGACAGUCGCAGGCUGGAGACAGUACUGGAGUCCAUCCAGAAAAACAUUCACUCCUCUUCUCAUAUUUUUAAACUGGCACAAGAUGCGUUCAAGAUCGCCACUCUCAUGGACAGCCUACCAGACAUCACACUUCUCAAAGUUUCCCUGGAGCUGGGACUGCAGGUGAUGAGAAUAACUCUGUCCACGUUAAACUGGAGGAGGAGGGAGAUGGUGCGCUGGCUGGUCACGUGUGCCACGGAAGUUGGUGUGUAUGCACUGGACAGCAUCAUGCAGAGCUGGUUCACCCUCUUCACCCCCACCGAGGCCACCAGCAUCGUGGCCACCACGGUCAUGUCCAACAGCACCAUUGUCCGGCUCCACCUGGACUGCCACCAGCAGGAGAACCUGGCCUCAUCCGCCCGCACGCUGGCCCUGCAGUGCGCCAUGAAGGACCCCCAGAACUGUGCCCUGUCCGCCCUUACGCUCUGUGAAAAGGACCACAUUGCCUUCGAGACAGCCUACCAGAUUGUACUGGACGCCGCCGCCACGGGAAUGAGCUACACGCAGCUGUUCACCAUUGCACGCUACAUGGAGCACCGCGGCUACCCGAUGCGAGCCUAUAAGUUGGCUACGUUAGCUAUGGCUCACCUGAACCUCAGUUACAACCAGGACACGCACCCGGCCAUCAACGACGUGCUGUGGGCCUGCGCGCUCAGCCACUCGCUGGGCAAGAACGAGCUGGCCGCCGUCAUCCCGCUGGUGGUCAAGAGCGUGAAGUGCGCCACCGUGCUGUCGGACAUCUUGCGGCGCUGCACGCUGACCACGCCGGGCAUGGUGUCGGCGCUGCACAGCCGCAGGAACUCGGGGAAGCUGAUGUCGCUGGACAAGGCGCCGCUCAGGCAGCUGCUGGACGCCACCAUCGGGGCCUACAUCAACACCACGCACUCGCGGCUCACGCACAUCAGCCCGCGCCACUACAGCGAGUUCAUCGAGUUCCUGGGGAAGGCGCGGGAGACUUUCAUGAUGGCGCACGACGGACACAUCCAGUUCACCCAGUUCAUAGACAACCUGAAACAGAUCUACAAGGGCAAAAAGAAACUGAUGAUGCUGGUGAGGGAGCGGUUCGGCUGA